AAAGCAGUAUUUGACUAGAACAAAAAAGAAAAAAGAAAAAAAGCAGUGGGGAAGCAGAAGAUGAAAGGGGAGACCCAGAUCUGAAAGCUCUUUUUUUCUUCUUCUCUGUGUUGAGUGUUUUUUCUUUUUCAAGUUGUUUGUUUCCUCUGUCUAAUCACUUCGAAUUAUAUUCAUAUAUAUAUGUAUGUAUGUACAUAAACUUUGAAAUUGCAAAAAAGAAAACCCAAGUCUCACUCAAGCUGAAACUCAACAUCAUUAUAUGAUCUGACCUUUUAUCCAAAAUGCCACGCCCUUUUUUUCAUAAGCUUAUUCUCUCUACCACCCUCCAAGAAAAGAAACUGAGGAUCCCUGAUAACUUCGUUAAGAAAUUCAGGGAUGAACUUUCUGUUGCUGCCGCUCUCACUGUUCCUGACGGUCAUGUUUGGCGUGUAGGAAUAAAGAAAGUUGACAACAAGGUUUGGUUUCAGGAAGGUUGGCAGGAGUUUCUAGAGCGUUACUAUAUUCGUGUUGGCUACGUAUUGGUUUUUAGAUACGAAGGAAAUUCUGCUUUCAGUGUUAGUAUAUUUAAUUUGUACAACUCGGAAAUAAACUAUCAGACUAAUGCCCUCGUUGGUACUCAAUACAAUCACGGAAAACAAUAUCCAUUUGAACAACUUGAAGAUGAUGAAUGCAUCUCUCCAGCACUUCAGAAUUUGUUUGGUGGGUCUAAACUUAACAACUGCAUAAACUGGGGUGGUGAUGCCAAUCUUCAAACUUCAAAGGGUGUGAAUAAUCAACCUAUUCGAGUCAAAUUGCAUACUUCAGGUUCAGGUGCAAUGAAACCAGAACCAAAAAAGCGUGGGAGAAAGCGGAAGUUUGAUCCUAACGUGCAGGAUUCAUCUGCUGGACGUGAAGAUGAUGUUGAUAUGCGCUUUAGAUGUUAUGAAAGUGCUUCAGCCCGAAAGAGAACCGUGACAGCUGAAGAAAGAGAGAGAGCAAUCAAUGCAGCCAAAGCAUUUGAGCCAACUAACCCUUUCUGCAGGGUCGUCUUGCGACCAUCUUAUCUGUACAGGGGAUGUAUUAUGUACUUACCGUCGUGCUUUGCUGAGAAGCAUCUAAGUGGGGUUUCUGGAUCCAUUAAACUUCAGCUUCCUGAUGGGAGACAGUGGUCUGUAAGAUGUCUUUAUAAAGGAGGCAAGGCUAAAUUCAGUCAGGGAUGGUAUGAAUUUACAUUGGAGAAUAAUUUGGGAGAAGGGGAUGUUUGUGUUUUUGAGCUGCUCAGAUCGAGGGAAUUUGUGCUCAAAGUUACUGUAUUUCGUGUAAUGGAAAGUGGUGGACUAAUGCAUCGGUCUCAAUAAAACACCAGCUGAGUUAAACCUGCAUAGAUUAUAGAGUGCUGGAAAUUUCAGAAAUGUCAACUCUGUCAAGUGACUCUUUCUUCUCAGGUGACGGUGUAACCGAUCUGGUUCCAUAAGGAAUUAGCUUCUGUGUGCCAUUUUCAUGUCCAUAAGCUUUUUUGGGAUGUUUAGCUGCUUAAGAUAAUGGAUGCAAAAAUUUUCUGGCUUGACUAGAUUUGUAAAUAGACUUCUCCAUGUAGUUGACGUCGAACCAGAUUCAGAAAAAUGGUUUGAUUUUAUGA